AUGGGGUCACUAGCUGGUGGCGGGAAAUGGGGUCCGUUUGGGAUGGGCCCACAUAGUUUUCAUGAAUUCGACAGCCGUCGGCGGCGAAGAAGGAGUGGCGGAGGAUCAAAGUCCGCAAAUUCCGGGGGUGUAGUCGGCGGAAUUGGUUACAGGUUCCCGGUGAAGCAAGCAGUAACCGCCGCCGCUCUAGCCUUAACCGGCGACACCAUAGCUCAGCUCAGGCAACGGUGGGUCGACAACAAAGAUAGUGUCUCCGAUGACCAGCAAACAAAGGAUGUUUUGGAGGUUCUUUUCUCUGGGCAUGAUUGGAUACGUGCUCUUAGGUUGACUACAUAUGCCUUUCUGCUAUAUGGCCCUGGUUCAUAUGCAUGGUACCAGUUCUUGGAACGCAGAAUGCCAGAGCAAACAUUUGGUAACUUAUUAAGUAAGGUUGUCUUGAACCAAAUUGUACUCGGUCCUGCAGUAAUUGCUGUUAUUUUUGCAUGGAACAAUAUAUGGCAAGGAAAAGUCUCAGAGCUUCCGAAGAAGUACCAAACAGAUGCCCUUCCUACUCUCCUAUUCGGAUUCAGGUUCUGGAUUCCAGUGUCCAUUCUAAAUUUUUGGUUGGUUCCUCUUCCAGCUCGUGUGGCUUUCAUGUCUACAGGAUCUAUAUUCUGGAAUUUCUACUUAUCUUCAACGAUGAAUAAUAAAAGGUUCUGGAGUGGAGUUAGCCAACAACGUGAGCAAGCUUGGCCUUACUCCAUUUUUAACAGCUCAAGGUGGGCUGGAAGACCUACCUUGAACCUAGACUCCAUGAACAGAGGCAACCAGAACAUAACAACACCAGGAAACUGGAGAAGUAGACCAGAUAAUGGUCCAUAUCCCCCCAGGCAGGAUGUCGUUAAUAGGAUGCCCUCUUCCAUAUUUCCUCUUCAUCCCCCUGUAGGAGGUCUUCUGGAUCCUAGAGAAGAUAUCCAUCCAUGGUGGCUGUUGAGGGAAAGACUUCCUGGUGGACCUGUAAUCAUAGGCAGUUUGCCAGUGCAACCAUAUCUCAACAAUCAAAAUCAAUACCUAGGCAAUUCUGCGACAAGAAUCCCAUCAACAAGACAACCUGCAGCUGAUGGUUCUCCAAGUUAUUAUGGCCAAUGGAAUGUGCAAGCCCGAAACGAAGAACAAUCGAAAUUGACUCCAGACGAGCAAAAAAAAGUCCUGAGCAAGCUGAAGAAAGAGGUUUAUAAUCCAACACCAAAAUGGUUAACAAGAAGACCAAGUCUUUAUUAUAGAGACAAUCCGCUACACAUUUCCAGGGAAACCAAAAGUGACAAGGAUGAUGAUGGCAAGAGGUGCGCAAUUUGCCUGGAGGAUUUUGAGCCUAAAGAGCUGGUCACAGUCACACCCUGCAAUCAUAUGUUUCAUGAGGAAUGUAUAGUUCCAUGGGUGAAGAACCAAGGUCAGUGCCCCGUUUGUCGGUUUGCAAUCUUGGAGAAGGCUAAAGAGAAUGCAGCUCCCUCCAGGAAUGUAGUUACUAAUGAUCCGUUCGAAAAUGAACUGAUCACAAUGAUGCGAGCCUUGGAACAAGCUUACCUCCUAGAUAACAUAAGGCGGAAGUAUACUUGUUGUGUGGAUUGUUAUCAUGGGCGCAUUGAAAAACUGAAAGCUCCUGAUGGCUGUCUUCUCCGGUCACAACCAUCGGCUCCGGCCAACACCAACCUCAUCGUCUAUAAGUUGUUCGACCCGGCAUUCCUCUGUUUCUCAUGUAUCCCUUUUCAAGGCAAUGUGGUUUCCCCUAUUUGUGUUCUGCCGCUGACAGAGGAGAAUGUGGAAAAAGUGUUGGAUGAAGUAAGGCCAUCCCUAAUGGCUGAUGGUGGGAAUGUUGCCUUGCAUGAGAUUGAUGGUCUUGUUGUUGUGCUAAAGCUUCAAGGGGCUUGUGGUUCUUGUCCGAGCUCAGCAAUGACACUGAAGAUGGGAAUUGAAACUCGGCUUCGGGAUAAAAUCCCGGAAAUUCUAGAAGUAGAACAGAUUGUUGAUACAGAAACUGGUCUUGAGUUGAAUGAGGAAAAUGUUGAGAAGGUUCUUUCAGAGAUCAGGCCAUAUCUCGCUGGCACAGGUGGUGGAGAAUUAGGGCUUGUUCAGAUUGAUGAUUAUGUUGUAAAAGUUCGUCUAAGCGGCCCUGCUGCCGGGGUAAUGACAGUCCGCGUCGCAUUAACACAAAAAUUGAGGGAAAAGAUACCAGCAAUAGCUGCUGUUCAGUUGAUAGAGUAG